AUGUACGACCCCGAGCGCGGAUGGAGCCUGUCCUUCUCGGGAUGCGGCUUCCUGGGCUUCUACCACGUCGGGGCGACCCGCUGCCUGAGCGAGCACGCCCCGCACCUCCUCCGCGACGCGCGCAUGCUGUUCGGCUCCUCGGCCGGGGCGCUGCACGCCGUCGUCUUUCUCUCCGGCAUCUCCCUGGACCUCCUCAUGCAGAUCCUUGUGGACACUGUCCAGAGCGCCAGGAGCCGGAACAUUGGCAUCCUCCACCCCUCCUUCAACUUGGGCAGGCACAUCCAAAAAAUUCUUCAGCGACACCUCCCAGACAACAUCCACAGGCUCAUCUCUGGCAAAAUGUGCAUUUCGCUCACCAGGGUGUCCGAUGGGGAAAACGUGCUGGUGUCUGAUUUUCAGUCCAAAGACGAAGUUGUGGACGCCUUGCUCUGUUCCAGCUUCAUCCCUUUCUUCUGCGGCAUAAUCCCUCCUUCCUUCAGAGGCGUGCGAUACAUGGAUGGAGGAGCAAGUGACAAUGUCCCCUUCUUUGAUGCCAAAACGACCAUCACUGUGUCCCCCUUCUAUGGGGAGUAUGACAUCUGCCCUAAAGUCACGUCGACGAACUUUCUUCACGUGGACCUAACCAAGCUCAGUUUGCGCCUCUGCUCUGAGAAUGCCUACCUACUAAUGCGAGCACUGUUCCCUCCGGAUCUCAAGGUGCUUGGCGAGAUAUGCCUUCGCGGGUACUUAGACGCCUUGAGGUUCUUGGAGGAGAACGGUAUGUAUGGGCGAG